AUGCCGGGCGCCGCCUUCACGCUGGAAACGCUGUUACUCGAUUGGCUGCUGGAGUUCUCCGAGCACACCCGGCAACGGGACCGUGUGUGCUCGGAGAACUCCAGCAGCCAAUCGAGUAGCAGCGUUUCCAGCGUGAAGGCGGCGCCCGGCAUGGCGCCUAGCAACGCCUACAAGCUCACGCAGAAGGAGAAAAAAGAGGCGUCCGGCUCCGCCCACCUGAGCCCGGAGGGGCGGGGCUCCCCGGGCGGGGAGGGGGGGGGCGCGGGGGGGCGGGGCUCCUCCAAUGGGGGCGGGGCCAACUACGGGCAGCCAAUGGGAGUCGACUGGACCAAGCCCAGCCCGGCGGACGCCGUGCGGUCCAACAUGGCCGCCGCCUCCUCCAAGUUUCAGGCUCUGGGCCUGUACGACAAGCCCAGCAUGUUCCACGGAAGCCCCGCCCCCUUAAAGGGCCAGAGCCCCGCCCACUUAAAGGGCCAGAGCCCCUCCCACCUUAAUACCCAGAGCCCCGCCCACUUUAUGGGCCAAAGCCCCGCCCACUUAAAGGGCCAGAGUCCCUCUCAUCUUAAUACCCAGAGCCCCGGCCACCUUAAUACCCAGAGCCCCGCCCACUUUAUGGGCCAAAGCCCCGCCCACCUUAAGGCCCCGCCCACCUCCAGCCAGUUCCUCAACAAGCUCUCGGACUUCUUCCAGCCGCCCACCUCCAAAGACCGAGACUCCUACAGCUUCCGGAGGACGCCGCCCCCCUACGGCGCCCCCUGGGGGCUCGCCGACCACAACCCCCCCGAGCCCAACGGCGAGCGGAGCCCGCCGCCGCCGUCGUCCCCGGCAACGGCGGCGCCCAUCAGCCGGCAGGACCAGAAGCGCAUGACGCUGGGACACAGCAAGCUGGACCUGGUGAACCAGUACAACAAGAUGAAGUCCAAGCAGGUCUACAGCCGCUUUGAGCUCAAGAGCUCCGACUAG